UGGAACAGUGUGACCAAUACCAUUUGGUGGCAGGAUUUUCCUCGUGCCAGCAGACCUGAUUAUUUAUCUCUUUUUACUCAAUUAUCUGAUGGGGACAUAAAUCAAUAUUCAAAAUCUGAUUUUGCUGCUCAGCUGGGCGGAUUUAUGGCAUCUCUUGUUGCUGAUGUACCUAGUCAGUCCCACUGGAUCCUAGAAUUGACUAAAUAUGACUUUAAGGGGGCAGUUGGCCAUCUUGUUGCUUCUGUACCUGGAAUUCAUUCUCGCAGGGCACCUUCUAUCUUGGAACCCAUGUACUUCUUACCUGGUGAGCAAUGUGCAUCACAGUCAUAUGGUGUGAAGGUCCUAGGUUCUAUUGAAACAUCUGUAGUUGGUUUAAGCCAUCUUUUUCGCACUUCAACAGAUACAAAUGGGUCACAGCUAAAGAAACUUGCUUCUUUCCUUGGAAAGUGUUAUGAAAAUGCAAAUGGGAUGCUGGAGAUUGUUUUAAGAAGAAACACAAAUAUACCAGCUGAUGCAAAUGCUGUGAGCAUUCUUGUUCCUAAUCCAGAAGAGUUUUCUGAGGGAGAUUGCGUUCAACUUGGGUUUCUACCAAGAAAUAUUGCAAAGUGGGUUGCUCCUUUAUCAGAUAGUGGCUUAUUCAGGUUUUCUGGAUAUGUUUAUCCAAAAGAAGUCCUCGUGACUGCUUUAGAAGGAAGCACCAGCUUAGUACAAAUGAUACUGUAUGUGUCACAGGGACCUACCUUUUUAGACAUAUCAAAAGAAGUACAAUCUGAACAUGUUUCUGCAAUAUGCUUGUUAGUUGCAUCAAUUCAGAGGUCUACAGGCCUCUGGCGACUUCAAGAGGUUUUAAGUCAUUACAAAUGGCCAGAAUAUUUGGAAACUGAUUUUGUUUUCGGUUCAUCCUCAAUUGGGUCAGUCACUGCACAGUUUUUAGCUGCAUUUUCAGCAGCAUCUGGAAAGACAUCAGUGCAGUUCUCUGACUCUGACGAGUCUGAUCCAGACUGGGGCUGCUGGAGUGCAAGUCAAGAGAUAAGAAACCCAUCCAUCAGAAUCAUUUUUCCCACAAUUGAAAGAGUGAAAAAUGCGAGUUGUGGAAUCUUAGCUUCAAAAUUCCUUCUGUGUUUCUCACAG